AUGCCUCACAGUUCUGAUGACCUGGGUUUGACAGUGGCUCUUAAAAUAUAUUGAUGGUCUGUACGUGUGUAUCUAUAUCUCUAUAAUGUACUGUAUAGUAUGUUAUAUGUGUGGAGUUUGCAUGUCCUUCCGUGCCUGCGUGUUUUUUUUUUUUUUUUUUUUUUUUUUGCAGGCACUCUGGUUUCCUCCUUCAUCCCAAAACAUGCCUAAAUAUAUUGGUCCCACCCAGUUGACGGGGCGCCUUGUUGGGGCCGGCGGACUUCCCUGGGUCACUCGGUGUGGGAUGUCCACUGGGUUGCUCUGGUGGAUCUAUCCACAGUGACACAGUAAAAGUAUUCAGGGAUAAGAGAUCCAAAUCCUCCAUUCAAUUUGACUUAACAGCUGAACAGGACAAAAAAAAAAAAAAGAUUUUUCCAAAUAUGAUAAAGAGGAUUACAACUUAAUGUCAGUGAGACAGAAUACUCCUUUCAUUGGAGCACAACAGUUACGUACGAAUAUCAAAAAAGAAAGCCUGUUAUAUCCGAUUCAGUUUCUCACAAAAAAGAGACCGGAAUUGCAGUAACCUCUUCGCUAUUUGGCUUGUUUGGUGUUGCUUGACGGUGCAAACGUUAAGAUUGGCUUGAGGCUAAUGGUGACAAUUCCAUUAGUCUCAGUACAGUGUAAAGUAUUGGUUCUCUCGCAUCGAUUCUACCGCAACUGUCCAAGUGCACACUCCGGCCCAGUUGAUGGGGGUAAUGCACCAUAAAGUAGCUUUGUCAACCGGUAAAAGACAGGAAGAAGAAGAGGAUGAUCAAGUUUUCUUAACUGUACGCAAUUCACUAUAUUUUCUCCAAUUUGUAUCAAACGUGCUGAAUCUCCGUCGCAGUAAAUCGUGAAGUCUUGAGAUCGUCGUGUGAAAAUGUGUGCAAGAAGUACCGCAGCAUACGAGUAUGAACUUUGUGGUCUUAAAGACGAGAAGGAGCCACAACUACCUGAUGAUCCUGUGUUCACUCUGCAGCCUCAAAUAGUGCAAUUCAAAGCAGAUCUCACGGAACAUGUUGUGUGGCCGAAACCAGAGCCUCCCCACAUCAAAGAGGAACAGGAGGAGGAAGAGUUCCCCCGGGUCAAAGACGAGGAGCCGCAACUCUCUUACAUGAAAAAAGAAGAGCAUGAUGACUACAUCUCUGUCAUCCAGGAAGAGGAGGAGAAGGCGGAGAGAGCCAAGUUUCCAUUGAAUGGUGUCCAUUUGAAGUGUGAAGAUGAAAGUGAAGAGGACGGAGGACUGGAGAUUAAAAGUAACAGCUCAAGUCAACACAUGAAAAGAGAAAGUGAUGGAAAAGACUAUCGUGGAAAAUCACAGGUAGACGGGCCCUUGGCACCACUAUCAGACAGUGAUGACACAUCUCACUCUUUGAACGCCGACGAACGGUCUGGAGUUGUCCGUGAAUAUCUUCAUCCAGACUGGCAGCAGUCAGUGUCUGGUCACAUCAAAGAGGAAGAGGAAGGUGAAGAGCUACAAUGCAUCAAAGAGAAGGAGGAAGUAUUCCAACACGUGAAAGAGGAAGAGCAGGAAGAAAUCAUACAGGUUCCAUCCACUGGUGUCCAUUUGAACAGUGAGGAUGGUCAAAGUGAGAUGAGACGAGAGGCGGCGCCACCAAGCUUGAACAGCUUGAGUUAUGGAGACCAUUGUGAAGGAUCACAAACAGAUGUUCAUAAUGAUGAUGAUGAACAGUCGGAAGGUGAUAUGACAUGUCACAAUGCCAGCAAAUGCUGGAAAUGUUCUCAAUGUCAGAAAACCUUUGCUUCUCUGACCAAUUUCAAACAACACAUGAAAAUACACAUAGGUGAGAAGACUUUUGCAUGCUCAGUUUGUGGUCAAAGAUUCACUCGGAGUGGAUCUUUGAUAAGGCAUACAAGAACACACACUGGUGAGAAACCAUUUUCAUGUCCAGUUUGUGAUAAAAGAUUCACUCGCAAGGGAGGUCUAAAAAGACACAUAAGAACACACACAGGUGAGCAACCUUUUUCAUGUCCAGUUUGUGAUAAAAGAUUCACUGUGAAGGGAAAAUUAAAAAGACACACAAGAACACACACUGGUGAGAAACCUUUUUCAUGUCCAGUUUGUGAUAAAAGAUUCUCUGAAAAUGGAAAAUUAAAAGUACACACAAGAACCCACACUGGUGAGAAGCCUUUUGCGUGCUCAGUUUGUGAUCAAAGAUUCACUCGGAAGGGAACCUUAAAGAGUCACACAAUAACACACACUGGUGAUAAGCCUUUUCCCUGCUCAGAAUGUGGCCAAAGAUUCUCUGUGAAGGGAAAUUUAAAAAGACACACAAGAACACACACUAGUAAGAAACUUUUGCUUGCUCACUUUGAUCAAACUUUCUCUUCUAAGUAUAGUAAUCCCUCAUUUUUUGCAGUUAAUGGGGACCAGAACACCCCGUGAAUUGUGUAUGCAGAGGUGUCCCGGUAGAUACAUUUAUUUUUUUCUUCCUAUUAAGGACUAUUAACCCACAAUCAUGGCUCCGAAGAAAUGACACAAGUUAAGUUCUUUGGCAAAAGAAAAGAACUUCCAGGGGCGAGUCACCCCCACUGAAGAGAUUUGACAUUUUUGCAUAGCUUUUUUCUCGUGAACUUUAAUAUUGAUCUGUUCCAUUAACAUUUCUGCAUUUUUGUUUUGUUUCAAAGAUUUUGUCAACUGGAGUUACGAGUCACUGUUUUUGUGUUUUUGUAAAAAUGAAAAAAAUCGUUGCUUUUUUUCACCCCCUAAUUACUGCUUGUUUAAAGUUAUUCUGCACUUUUGGUAAUUAAAGGGCCACUG